AUGAUUGCACGAUCCUUGGUCUUUGCGCUCGUCACUGCGCUUCAGCUCGCGGACGGAGCGGUGUCGCAAUUCGUCAAGCCACCCACGGAUCUGCAGACGGCCACGGGCCAUCUCGACAUCCCUGUGCGGUACAAACAAGUCCCCACUGGCAUCUGCGAGACCGACCCGAACGUCAAGAGCUUCUCGGGCUACGUCGACGUGGAAGAGGACGAGCACAUCUUCUUCUGGUUCUUCGAAGCGCGCAACGGUUCACCCAAGGACGCGCCCCUGACGGUGUGGAUCAAUGGUGGACCCGGCUCAUCCUCGAUGAUCGGACUGUUCCAGGAGCUCGGACCGUGCUCUGUGGAUUCGAACGGCACCGUGGUCAACAAUGCGUACGCAUGGAACAACGCGAGCAACAUGAUCUUCAUCGACCAGCCCGCCACCACAGGCCUGUCGUACACCAAGCUGGUUCCGGGCUACGUGAAUCCGUCCACUGAUAGCCUCGUCGUGCUGCCGGACGAGACUUGCCCCGAGUAUGCGCAGGACUUUGGCACAUGCGGCACCUACUCUGCGCCCAACGUCACGCUGACGGCCAACUCGACCGAGUCGGCGGCCAAGAACUUCUACCGCACGCUCCAGGGAUUCAUGGGUGCGUUCCCGCAGUACUCGCGCGAGGACUUCCACUUUGCCACCGAGUCGUACGGCGGCCACUACGGCCCUGUCUUUAACGAGUACAUCGAGCAGCAGAAUGCUCACGCCGCGCACAAGAUCAAGCUCAAGUCGGUCAUGAUCGGCAAUGGCUGGUACGACCCUGCGCUGCAGUAUGCAGCCUACUACAACUUCACCGUGUCGCCGGGCAACACGUACGAUUACCGACCGUUCAACUCGUCGGUGGAGGAGAUGAUGUACAACAACAUGUUUGGCAGCGGCAACUGCCUGGAUCAGAUUCGAGACUGCUACGCAACGGGUACGAAUCAGGUGUGCAGCACCGCCGACACAUUCUGCGCCAACAAUGUCGAAUCCAUCCUCGCCAACCGCGACGAAUACGACAUCCGCGAGCUCUCGCCCGAUCCGUUCCCAUACAGCUUCUACGUGGACUACCUCAACAAGCCCGAGGUGCAGGCGGCCAUUGGCGCGUUCCAAAACUUUAGCGAGAGCUCUUCGACGGUCUCGAACGCCUUCAGCACUACCGGCGACGACGGACGCGAGUCUGGCACGAUCGAGGAUGUGCGUUCGCUGCUCGAUCAGGGUGUGCAGGUGGUCAUGUACGCCGGCGACGCCGACUACAACUGCAACUGGCUCGGCGGUGAAGCUGUCGCCGAGCGCGUGCAGCACAAGGGCUUCGACCAAGCCGGUUACGCGGAUCUCAAGACGUCCGACGGCGUUGCUCACGGCCAGGUCAAGCAGAGUGGCCAGUUCUCCUUUGUGCGCAUCUACGAGAGCGGCCACGAGGUGCCUUUCUACCAGCCCCUAGCGUCGCUCGAGAUGUUCGAGCGCAUCCUCAAUGGCACGGAUCUCGCCACGGGCACGCGCAAGGUCUCCAAGGGUAGCAGCUACACGACGAACGGACCGGCCAAGAGCACGUUCCGCGAGGGCAACGCUACGGUGCAGUUCGAGGUGCUGCCUGCCGACGCCACAUACAACCACACCACGAAUGCGCCCAACAAGAGCAGCAGCAACACCACCACCAGCAUGCUUGGCGAGUUGCGCCAGGCUGUGCGCACUGGCGAGAUGUUCCGCGCGCGCUAUUCGUCGCAGCGCCUGGAAUGCCACAAAUCUUCCCGAAUCCCUCCCUCUCUUGACCACCAACCCUACGCCUCCAUCCUCUUCCCACCUUGCAUCGCUGCUUCGAAGAUGGCUGUCAAGUCCAAGGCACGUGUCGUGAUUGCCCGUCUGGUCUCUACGGCAGGCACCGGAUUCAUGUACACCACUCGCCGCACACGAGUGGCCGACAAACUCAGCAUGAUGAAGUACGACCCCAAAGUCCGAAAACACGUCCUGUUCAAGGAAACCAAGGGCUCAAAGUAA